GACAUGCGCGCGAUGGAGGCCGAGUACGAGGCCGAGCACAGCGCCGUCAUGGGAGAGCAAGAGGUGGAGGCGCUCGUCGGCGCCGACAGCGAUAUCGAGCUCGAGGAGGAGGUCGAUUUGGACGCGGUUCAGGCCGAGCUCGAGCGUGUGUGGCCCGACAUGCCGACCGCGCACCGACGGAAGUGCGAGGCGGAGGUGGAGCGCAUCAGGGAAACCUUUGGGCAGGAGGAGCUCGAGCCUGGCAUGAUGGAUCCGAGCAUGGUCAGCGAGUACGCGGACGAGAUCUUCGAAUACAUGCAGGAGCUCGAGGAGGAGAUGAUGCCUGGGACGAACUACAUGGACGCGCAGAGCGAAAUUGACUGGAGUAUGAGGCAAACGCUUGUCGACUGGCUGCUGCAGGUGCACCUAAGAUACCACAUGCUGGCCGAGACGCUAUGGAUCGCUGUCAAUAUCGUCGACCGGUUCCUGACGAAGCGAGUGGUCAGCCUGGCCAAGCUCCAACUUGUAGGCGUCACCGCGAUGUUCAUCGCCGCCAAGUACGAAGAGAUCCUCGCUCCCAGCGUAGACGAGUUUGUGUAUAUGACCGAGAACGGGUACUCCCGCGAUGAGGUGUUGAAGGGCGAGCGGAUCAUGCUGCAGACCCUCGACUUCCGCGUCAGCGACUACUGCAGCCCAUACAGCUGGAUGCGGAAGAUCAGCGCCGCCGACAACUAUGAUAUCCAGACCCGGACGCUGAGCAAGUUCCUGACCGAGGUGACGCUAAUCGACUACCGGUUCCUGGGGUGCAAGCCGAGUCUCGUCGCCGCCGUGGGCAUGUACACCGCGAGACGGAUGCUGGGUGGUGACUGGGACGAGGCGUUCGUGUACCACUCCGGCUUCACCGAGGCGCAGCUCGAGAUGGGCUUCCUCCUGCUCGUCGACAAGCUGUGCGAGCCCGAUUUCCACAAGAUGUACGUUUGCAAGAAGUACGCGCACAAGCGGUUCUUGAAGGCGUCCGUCUGGGCCGUGAAUUGGUGCCGGGAACACGAACAUCUCCGCGCUUUCUUGAAAGGGAUGAUCGAGUGAACGACGCAAGAAGAAAAAAGGCUCCUCCCUUGCACAUAUGCACCAGGAUAAUAUCAGCAACGGACCCUGCACCAUACAAUCUCACUCACGCAUUGCAUCGCAUACACAACCCACCAUGCACCAUACAUUUUUUGCACCAGUCUUGGACCUCCAUGCCCCUCACCCUCUUCCGGCAAUCCAACGUAUCCCCGCGCAUCCACGACCUGCAUGCACCCUAGCUUGGGUCCACGCCUACAUGCCGACAUGUCUCUCCUCUUGACGUCUUGUCUGAUAUGCAGAUAAUUGGACGUCUGUACUCUCCCCAAGCGUUCCGCCGGUCCACAUCUACUGCGCCCUCGGUCGGCCGUCCUGUCCUUUCUUCGUUCACCGACCUCGAUCCCCGUCUUCCGCCACCCCAUCUUUAUACUUC